GUUUGCUAGAGUAGGAUAACAAGCGCGACACACAACAAUAACAAAAUGGUCGUGAAUUUCAAAUCGUGAAGUCGUGUGGAAUUCACAAAUAAUCAAAAUAAAAAGACAAAUAUGUCAUUCGCGGAAUAGUGCAAAACUGUCAUCGAGUGAAAAUUCUACUUCUCGGGAGAGCUGUUGAGAGCCCAUUUAAAUAGUAGGCAGUGCUAGCGUUAAAUUCAGUCUCUUUUCAUUUUUGGUUUCUUUUAUCUGUUUUGUUACAUUGCGAACGGGGUUUCACGGGAUUCCACAGACCAGCGAUCCAGGACAGAAUACAAAAAUUCAAGUGUCGCACUCACGGUGCGAGAGAUAUUUCUUUGUUUUGAUGGGCUAAGAUUACUGCGGAUCGUAGGGUUAAAAUAGGUCAGCAGCAUUGGACAAUAAGUUGUGAUUGUGAGGAAAUUGACGGCGAGCAAUCCGAAAAUGGACAUAAGCGAAAGUCCGGACCCGCAGCCCCAUGGCCAGCAACAACAGACGCCCCAGCCUGUGUUCGGUCCCGAGAACUUCCAGAGGCCUCCGCAGCCGUCGCAUAUAUUGGACGAGGCAAUGGACGGUCGCCCCGUCCCUCAGCUCGACAUCGAUUCGAAUUUGCUGCAACAGUUCAGCUGUCUCGGCACUACAGAUCACGAAGAUUUGAUCGACAAUUUUCAGAGGCUCUUGGAUAAUCAACUAAGCAAGGAAACGGCUAGAUUCUUCCUUGAAAUGAGCAAUUGGAACCUACAAACAGCAGUUUGUUGCUAUUUAGAUUUCUGUAACUUUCAAAAUUUGCCAUCAAUGAAAAUCGUCUCACAAUCCCGUCCGACGGGGCAAUCACAAGCGUGGCGACUACAGAACGAUGGUACCGAGGAAUGGCCUGCGGGAUGCUACCUAAUGUCGCCGAGUCAAACGAAGCGAUUGGAAGUUCCGGUUGUGCGGCCGGGCGAAUCUUUUGAUAUAGUUGCUGAUAUUCCUCCGUCGAGUCCAGCGAUAAUGUGGCGGCUAUGCACACCGAACGGAUGGUACUUUGGCGAGAAAAUUUGGAUGUUGCCACCCACCAUUGAUGACACUGCAGACCUAGCCGAACGAAUGGCCCAACUUCGAACAACAGCUUCGAUGUCUCCUGAGAACUCGCCCCAAGUUAAUAUUGUGAUAAUUGUUAAAAUGGAUUGAAUGCUUGUAUGUAUGUCCAUGAUUGUGUGCGCCGCGUCUCCGAAAGUCCCAUUUAAAUUAAUUCAUUUGAAGUACAUUGUGAAAAUAGUGAAACGAAAUUGAAAAUGAUCAAUGAGGAAAGAUUAAACGAAAAGUAUACAAAGGGAAAAUUAAAAAUAUUUUAGCGUUUUAUUGAGUAUAUACAGUUUAAGAAGAAAGUUUUCAAAUUUUUUCAUUUAACUAUUAGAGUUGGGGCUUUGAACAUGUAAUCAUAAUAAAAUGGUCGAAUAAAAGAAGCCUUUUUGUAAGCAUUAGCGGCACUAUGUCGAUUAAGAUUAGAAUAUAAUUCUAAAAACAAGUAAAAAAAAUUUGAGGUAUUUUUUAUAUUAUUACCGCAUUUACGUAUUGUAUUACCAAUUCACUGUAUUUACAAUGUUCCGAUCGUGGUUAAAUGUUAUUCAAAUAUUCAUUUCCAAAUAAAUAUAUAUUUCUCAAUGUACUUUUGGAGGAGAGGCAAAUUUAAAACUUCCUUUAUUUAAAUAUUCUACUGAAUUCCUUCCGGUUGAGACUCGAUUGAAAGCAUGUAUUCAGUUUUUUUGAGAGAAUCUGAAAUGUUUUGUUCACUUUUACUGUAAGAGACGCCGUUGUCUAUUUAUCGUAAAUAGAUUUUACUUUUCAAAUGAAUAUCGAAUUUGUAUAAAUAAUUCCCCAGAUAUUUCCUUUAUCAGUUUAUCAGUUUGUGAUUUACGCAUCGAGAGUGUAUAACGUUCUGAGAUUGCGUGGAGUUCCAUUUUUGGACCAGUGCGCGUAUUGGUGAGGCUCUUGUGGAAUUUGCUUCCUUCGUCCUUGAAAACCCCGUUAUUCAAUCGCUAACUAAGAUUUAUAAUUAUUCACAUUAAAGAUACAAGGCAUACCUGA